CCAUCCACGGCAUCACAGCAUUGCAAUUUUUUUAAAUUACAGCUUUAGAAAUACUAAGUAUUCUAGCUAGCAACAGCGCCUCCCACGGUAGCAGUCCGAGGAGACCAUGGAGGUGGAGAAUCACCAGCAUAGAGAGAACGAUAAUGUUGACGGGGAUGCUUUGACGAAUGAAGCCCACAACACUCUUCGGGUAUACUUCUCCAAAAGUCCAUGUUUUGACACCAGUCUUGAUCCCGAAAUGGAAUACAGUCAAUCUGAAGUGGCAAAGUCGGCAUCAGAUGCCAUUGACGCCCUUCUUCUGCUGGAAGAAUUCCCUGCUUUGGCUACAAAAAGAUUCUUUGGUCGUGAUGCCCCUCACCCUCGGUUUGGGAAUGCAGCGUUAUACCCACUUGCCUUUUUUGUCAUGAAUAAUUUUGACAGCAAGAUACUCAACAGAGUCCUCAGAGUAUAUCCAGAAGUACUCAAUCAGCGCUUUCUAAUGUAUUCAAGUCUACUGGAGUUUGCUUGUUCAGAUUUUCCAAAAAUCAACCACAAAACACUCAAGUGGCUGGCAUCCCAGGUGAACCAAACCUUUGAUGCUGCAAAGCCAAUCCUCAGAUUUUUCACUGACAAGCGCUUGGAAAAUCUGAGCCUAAAAGGCUCUUCUUGUGAUGAAGAAAUUCUAGAGAUCCUGCUUUCCAAAAGUCCAAAAUUCACGGCCAAUGACGACGAUGCAGUCAUAGAGUUGUUGAAAACUGUUAUUGCAGCUGAUCUUGAUCAUAAGAUUGUUCUGCAGUUGCUGGAACAAAUUCCAAUGGGCUCCCGUGUCUUGGAUCUCAAGCAGGAUCUUUUGUUCAGUGCGUUGCAAUGUGAACAUGAGACCUUUGAGUGGCUUACUGGGUCCAGGAUUGACCUAAUCUUCUCGCAGAUGUUGCCGAACCUUUCAGAGCUUCGACUUGACCUGAAUUGUUUUGAAGAUUUCACGUCGCUGGACGAUUCUGGGAUGGAGAUUGAACCCGAAUGGGCACGUGCAAGCAAGCUGCUACUGGCCAACUCUUCCAACCUACAAAAGCUUUCCCUGUCAAUUCCAACGGACAUCGCAUGGACAAACCCAAGGGCCACAAGCAUGAUGAAGUCCUUGAUUCAGAAGCACAUUUCAUCGACAGCACUUCAUCUUCGUCUCUACAAUGAAUGCAACGGGGAUUGUUGGUGGAUGUUUGAAGACGAAGAGGAAGGUGGUGAAGAGUUCUACCUCUAUGGCAACGAAAAAAGCUAUGGCAAGGUCAGCGGUGAGAUUGGAGAAAAGCUGCGAACCCAUACAGUCCAUAGCCAAGACGAAUUUACCAACAACCGGUUCCUGGAAUUUUUACUGGAUGUUGUCCGUACAACCCCCAACAGUUCCUCGAGCGGCAAGGGCAACUCCACGAUAGAACACAUUGAGCUACACCGCUUGGAAAAUGUUCACGCGGAGCACCUCGCAAAACUCUGUGUUCACACCAAAUCAUUGCAGCUGGCUUACACAUCUGUGCUAUCCCAGACGGCCUAUUCUCCCUCGCUUUGCAAGGUAUGGAAGCGGCCCUGCCCCAACAUGUUUUCAUGUUGUGGCUCUCGAGCUAUGCGAGCGAUCUCAUCGCUACCCCGCCACCAAAACAUUUUGACCGCAAAUGCGACCUUUGCAAAUAGAUUUGAUUGUGGAGCAAGCUUGGUGAAGCUUCAUCUCAUGGGAAUUAUACCUGACUUCGUUCCAAAAAAGGAGAAUUUGUUGGAUGUGACAUCGGCUUUGGUUACGACCCUUGGAAUUGAAACACUUGAGGUUCUCCAGUUCUCUGAUACCAAUGGUACUGGGCAUCGACAUCUAGAACUGUCUCUCUUUGGCGAAGCAUUCAAGAAGAACCGCAAUCUGCGUAGGCUAGAGUUGGAUGGAUUGAAUUAUCUUUGCAUGGACCAGCGUUCUGUCUUGGAGUGGUUCCUGGAGAUGCUAGAGGGGAGCGUGAACAGGGUACUGUCAUUCCUCUUGAUUAAGAGUGGGACCAUUUGUCACUUCGUCAACUGCGAUGCACACUGUCUUGACAGCAGUCUCAUUGACAUCCAUCCAUUUCGAUAUUAUCCAUUGGAAUCAGUGGCAGUAAAGAUUCAACAGAUGUUGUGGUUGGCACACUUUGGACGGUGGAGAAUGACCAGCGAAAACACCACACCAAAGGACCUUGUUGAUAUCCUUUUGAAUGUGACGUCUGUUUCAUUUCGGGAGCUUGCUUAUACUGUCAACCCAGGGCACCCACAAACUGGAAUACAAGCGGAAAAGGAUAAGACAGGAGUGCUGUAUGGUCUUCUGCGCGAGAAACCCUCUCUUUGGUGCUGCUCUACUUCAAUGCAUUCUCAGGGUCAAGCUUCACCCUUGAGAGGAGGGAAAAAGCGGAAGUUUGCAGCUCCUGAAGGACCAGCAUGCACAUAAAGAAGCGUAGAAAUUUACUGGGUGAUUAUUUCAAUGCACCCGGUCCAAACCAAUACGAUUUUCUGGUAGUGUACGGUAGGGUCCCAGUGGUCAACUAAACGCAAGGCCCACGAUUGAUGAAGGGUGUGCCCUGGGUGCAGUUCCGGUGGCUUUCUGCGCCAGGAGACGUUGCGAGUUGCGAAGAUUACAAGGUACAGGUACCCCCUGGCUAGACUAAGUUCUUUUUGUAUUCACGGUAGUACUACCACAUCCCUCUAAUCCAUAGUAACUUCCCAACUACCGUACGGUAGCUAU